AUGAAAAGUAUAUUUGGUUUAGUUACAAACAUUUUAUUUUUACAAGUUAUAAGAAGCCAUACAAAAACUGGAGAAUUAAUUUUAUCAUAUACAUGGAAAAUAAGUGAGACUUAUUUUCCAUGUAUACCACAAUUUCUUAAAGUUGUAGGAAGACAUAUUAUACUUAGGAAUCAGAUAUCAAUAUAUAAUCAAGUUUUAAAUGAAAUAAAGGAGAAAGGUAACCAAGAACUUACUGAGUUGUUUAGUCCUGAAAGUAGUAUAAUAGAUGAACUUAACAUAACUAUAAAUAAAUUUCAGGAAGAUUUUGAGAAUCAAAAAAAUUUAUUAUUAAAAUCUAAUAAUUUGGUCUUUUUAGAUACUAAAAAGACAUCUUUAACUUCUUUUUUAGAUAAUUUGGUUAGUUUAUAUAGGCAUUAUGGCCUUGAUGAUUUAUAUUUCAUUUAUCAGCAAAUACAAUAUAUUGGAGAUGGAAUAGAACAAAUAAAUUUAUCUGAUCAGGUAAAUAAGGAAUUUUACGACGUAUUACAAGAUGCAUGGUUUAGUUUUAGCUCUACAUCAAAUAAAAAUAAUGAAAAAGUCUUUAAUUUAGCUCAAAGUAUUAUUCAACUAUUUAGUGAAGAAUUAAUUCAAGAUUUCAAGUUUAAUUUAAAAGGAGAUAUAAGAUUUUCAGAUUUUAAAUCUAAUUUUUAUGAUGUAUAUUGGAAAAAUAUCUUUGAUGGAAUAAAUAUUCUAACAUUUUUAGAAGAAUAUUCACAUUUGCAGCUUAAUGUAAUAUAUAAGACCAGGUUAAUUUUGAUCAGAGUUUUAUUAUUGUACUCAGAAUAUUAUGUUGGUGACACAAUUUUAAAUAUUCAAAAUAUAAUAACCAAGAUAAAAACUAAUUUGGCUUCUAUUGAUACUUUAUAUAAGUUAUAUCAUGGAAGAAAUAGAAUUAAUACUGUUUUAAAUAAUGAAAAUAUUUCACAAUUUAAAGAUUUACAUUUAGAAUUUGGAUCUGUUAUACUUGAAUGGAUUUAUCGGACAGCUGUGAUGGAGGAUCUUGGUGUAUUAUAUAGCAAAUUACUUUCUUAUAAUAUAGUUUUAAAAGAUCUAACUUUCGAAUGUGAUGAAUUAGUAAACUUAAUUAAGGACAUUGGGGAUGAUUAUAUUGAAAAUGUAAGAGCAUUUUAUACUCCAAACAAAUAUAUUUCUAAAAUCCCAAAUUACCUAGUGAUAAUUCAGGAUAUGGUUAGUAAUAGUUUGAAUAAAUUGAAACUAGAAGAUAAUAUUAUUCGAAUUACUAUAGAAGAUAAAAGACGUCUUCAAAUAACGAACUUGUACUUGGAAAAUACAAAUUUCAGAAGUGCAAUGGAGGUUAGCACAGAAAUAGAUUUACAUACGGCUAUUGUAAAGGAUAAGGAACUAUUAAGAAAUAAUAGGAAUUUUGCUGAGGUAAUCAAAAUUUGGGAUAUGAAAUUUGAUGAAUUUAAUGCAAUUUCCGGAAUUUUUGUUAAUUACUUAAAAAGAUCUAGUGAAUUUUGUAAUAUAUAUGCCCAUAUAUCUUUAGAUAUGGCACGCCAAAUAUAUGAAUAUUUAGCGAAUUAUUUACUUUAUUAUGACAAAAGACCAGUAGAUAAGACUAAUCAAACUCUUGAUUCUCCAGUUAUGGUGGAUGAUCUUAAUCAAGUAAGGAAAGCUAUUAGUGAAAUACAAAAAACAACAAAUGAGAAAUAUCCUGUAGAUAUAUUUGGCCAAUUAAUUUCAAAUGAUGAUUUCAUUUAUACAAAUCCUAAAAAUCAAGAUAGCAAUGGACCUAAAUCAGAAAAUAGCCUGGUCCAUCCUAUUUGGAUUGGUGUUGUUAUGUUAACUCUAUUUGCAAUGAUUUACUUGUGGGCUAAAAGACAGGAUAAAUAUUUAGAUAUAAAGAAAAAAGAUAAUUUUGAUGAUCUAAAUGAUGAGCAUCAAUAUAAAAUUGAACCUAAUACUACUAAAUAUAGUUCAGAAUAUCAAAAUUAUAUGAGCUCAGAAGAAGUUGAAAUUUGUAAAAGGAAAUAUUAUGAACAUGAUCGGAGAUCUGGUUCUAUAAUUCUUAAAGCAAAGAAGUUUUAA